GUCGCAAGCACGCCAUCACCCCCAGUCUCGUCUGCCUGAUACAACCAUCUUCAGGGCCGAAUCGCUCGUCUGCGCUCUCUGCCUACCGCUCACGCAACCCUAUGCAAACUCACCGGGUGGAAUAACAAUCAUCGUCGCUCGCUUCGAUCCUUCAUGUGCGACGGGACUCGCCACAGUCCUCAAGUUUGGCCAUACCUCGUUUUUAAAGCUAAGUCAACUCCGUGCUCAGGGCUCUCGCCGGUUCUUUUUCUCUACUUUAUGGGGGACUGCCUGAGUGAAAUGGCUGGAGCCGCCGCUUGUUCGGAUGCUUGGAUCUCUGACGUUACUCGUCAUGCCCGUCAAGUCCGAACAUACAGACGGUAUCUCUGGCUCGCUAAAUCGCAGUGAGCUCUUUAUGAUCGUUGCUUGUUCUCGCGCAUACACUCGGAGGGGAUAGGUGGGACCUUGAGAUGGCCGUCACAUGCUUUCAGCCCUAAUGACGAACUGUGAUUCAGCGUGGCUCAUUUCUCGAGUGGAAGCCGCAACAUGUCGCUCAGUUGUGCGGUAGCACCCACCCCAAGUCCGGCAACCUCCAAACGGGCUCGUCACCAGCCUCCAGCGGAUCUAUCGGAAAUCCUCUAGCGGCCGCUACCAGAUCGUGUUCCGCUGGGCGGAUGACACGUGGAGGAUCAAAUGUCCAAACUGUCCGGGGGGGGACUAUGUGAUGCUGUUUGUGUCGCAUUGGGCAAGAUUGCGGUCGAUCGGUGCUCGAGACGUAUGAGGCUAGGCCGAGCCAGACGGCGGCUGGCUUCAUGUUGCGUGCGAGGGACAGGGCGCAUUGGCGGCAUGUGAAGCAGAGUGUAGACAAAUUUGGGCUGAUGUCGUCAGCUCAGCAGCCCGCCUAUCACUUUUUUUUUCGGGUACAGAAGCUUUGUCCUGCAUCGCCGGACAGUAGUUGGCGCGGUUGAAAGCUGUGGUAUCGUAAGACUUGUUGUAAUCGUAGCCUCAAUUCGACAUAAACUAGUAAGCAACAA